AUGAGUCGGCAACAGAACGACAUCACUGGCAUCCACGCCGACACUGACAUCGUCAUCGCUGUCAGUGACCACCCCGUGCCCGCCACUCCAACAUCACCUACAACAACUACACUUACAGCAACUACACUUACAGCAAGCCACGUAACGUCAACUGGUUGCAGCAACACUAGCGCUAGCAGUGAACAAACUAAUUCUACCAUUCUUCCUCACCCACAACAGCAGCAACAGCAACAGCAAGAGCACAACAACAGCGAAUUGCUGCAGGAGCAGGAGACUCCUUCGGGACCUCUCCCUUUUGUCCACCAGCCAUCACUUACUUUUGCCACCCCAGACGACCCUGACUUGUACACAUUCACCUGCAACAACAGCCACUCUACAACAGGCGUCAGCAAUGGCUACUCACCCACACUCCAGUCCGAAGUCCUCCCUGGUCAUCAGCAAUCCUCAAUACCUUACAAUUCUACAAGCAGGAGCGAUUACUCAGCCUUCCCAGCUAGCUAUCGUGCUUCAGCAGCACCUUCUACACAAGCUCAUCCUCACAUUGGAAAUCAUCGUGUCCACCAUGGGCAUGACCAGGACCCAAUGGGGCCGGUCAAUGUCAUGAAUAUCGACUACGAUGGACUGGACGCCAGUGUGAACGAGGCUGGACUGAUUGAGAGUGGAUAUCAUGAACCACAGCCUGUUCUCCUUGACGACAAGGACCAAACACAGAGUCCUGUCAUGGAGAAGAGCUCAGGGGGACUUGACAGGGCAGUAUCGUCAGGAUCAUCAUCAGGAGGCUUUGGUAGUGCCUUCCGGAGAAGGUCUGCCCGAAAAUCGAGUUAUUACAGCGAGCGAUCUCCAAGACCACCAUUGCCAGAACAGGUUCGGUAUACAUUCUACUCGAGGACAGCAGGAUUUAUCGAGGCGCCAUCGCUGCCACAGAUUCUCAGCAAGGCGUCGUUAGAAGGAGGGGGUGUUGGGACGGAAGGACCCAGAGUAUUUUCGGAUCUGCUCAAGGAUGGCUGCUUCUGGAUCGAUAUCCUUGACCCGAGUGAUUUCGACAUGCAGAUCUUAUCCAAGCACUUUCAUAUUCACCCGCUGACUAUCGAGGACAUCUCAACCGAGGAAGUGCGGGAAAAGUACGAAGUCUUCCGUAACUACUACUUUGUCUGCUUCCGGACAUUUGACCAGGACUACAACUCGGUAUCCUAUCUCCAGCCUGCCUCAAUGUACUCUGUCGUCCUGCGGGAGGGCAUCAUCACCUUUCACUUUUUACCUACGACGCACCAUCUGAAUGUACUCCGCCGACUCGAGCAAUUCCAUUCGCACAUCACUUUGACUCCAGAUUGGAUCAACUAUGCGCUCCUGGACGACAUCACCGACAGCUUUGCGUCUCCGAUCCAGACAAUCGAAUAUGAAGUUGACUCAAUCGAUGAUCUGGUUCUCUUGCUUCGGGAGAACGAGACAACGGAUAUGUUGAGGCGAAUUGGAUCCUGUCGAAAGAACGUCAUGGCCAUCUCUCGACUCUUGAUGAACAAGGCCGAUGUCAUUCGUGGACUGAUGAAGCGGUUCGACGAACGGUAUAUGAUGUCUGCAGGAGGUGCUUGGGGAUAUGCUGGCCCACGCGAGCCAGCAAGAGAUCCUGUCAUUGGUGCCGUUGGAGCAGGAGUACCGGCCGCCGCGCAACCAGGAGCAGGAGUCACAGCAGGAACUGGACCAGGAGCCAGUGGAAGAGCCACCCCUGCAGGAAAUGCUCCCGGAGCAGCAGCUCCAGUUCAACCAGACAACAUGUCGCAGCAUCAGCAGCCACAGUACUUACUUCAAAACUACCGUGAAACAGAGAUCAUGCUGUACCUGGGCGAUAUUCUGGACCACGUCCUGACGAUGCUGCAGUCUCUCAACAGCUACGAAAAGGUGCUGGGCCGAUCUCAUUCCAACUACCUCGCUCAGAUCUCGCUCGAAAUCAACCAGCUCUCCAACAAGACCAACAAUGUUGUCGGGACCUUGACGUUCUUUGCCAGUUUGAUUGUGCCUAUGACCUUUAUCGCCGGUCUCUGGGGAAUGAACGUCCACGUACCGGGGCAACCUGACAUGGAUGGCGAGCCGUUGACAUGGUUCUGGUGUCUCAUUGGAGUCAUGGGUAUCUAUAGCGUUCUUGCCAUCAUCUUUGGCAAGCAUUAUGGCCUCAUUUAG